AUGUUAACCACUCUGAUGCAGGCCUUGAGUUUGCAUCUGGCCGUGUGUACUAUAUUUAUCAGACUGUACAAGACUCUGAAAAUAGUCAUAUCCUUGUACCAUGAUGACAAGUUGGAUGUCCCAGUACCAGCAGGCGACCGGAAGGUGGUUGAGGACAACCACGAAAGUUUCCUGAGACACAUGUCGAACGAUCUUCACACGACAGGUGCCCUCGAUGAGCUUAUGAAGCCAGUGAGAGCAAUGAACAACAACUUGAGUGAUCUGAAGAAAUUGCAGCAGAAACUGGAGCAGCAGCAGAAGAAAGAGCCAGAGAAGAAGCAGCAGCAGCAGAAAAAGAAACAGCCCGAGGAGAAACAGCAGGAACAUUAUGUACAAGCUCUGGUUGCCUUGCACGGCGAAGUCACGAAUAAACUGUCUAUUCUUGGCUUGAUGCCGUCAUCCCCCUUGGCUGAGGUGGUGAAGCAGCUGAAGGAGAAGGCGCUGAAGCGAGCAGGGAUGAGCGAAGAGGAGCUGCAGCAGGUGAUUGAGCAGAGAAGCGCUGCGAGGAAGAAGGAGUUUGCGGAGUCGGACCGGAUGAGGGCGGAGCUGUCUGCCCGCGGCAUCGCCUUGAUGGAUGAGCCUGCCGGGACGCUGUGGAAGCCAUCUGAACCAGCAGAACUAGUUGAAGAACCGUAG